GGCUCGGACGCCGCGUCGGGGAACGGGGCAGCCAUGUGUGCCCUCUGUGUGCUGUGGUCACCCUUCAGGCUUGAGGCUAGGAGGGUUGUGAGCUUUGACUGCAACGAAGACCUGCAGCUGCUGGCACCUCUGGCGUCGGGCCCUAUAGCUCGUAGCUACCCCCUUCCUACCACAGCUCCAAGUCAUGACGGAUGCCAAGUAUGUCCUCUGCCGAUGGGAGAAGCGAUUGUGGCCUGCGAAGGUUUUGGCCAGAACUGAGACUUCAGCAAAAAAUAAGAGAAAAAAAGAAUUAUUUCUAGACGUUCAAAUACUCUCACUAAAAGAAAAGAUCCAGGUGAAGAGCUCGGCUGUGGAGGCGCUGCAGAAAUCGCACAUUGAGAAUAUUGCCGCCUUUCUGGCGUCUCAGAAUGAGGUCACAGCUACUCCCCUGGAGGAGCUGACCUAUCGACGCUCCCUGCGAGUGGCUCUGGAUGUCUUGAAUGAGAGGACAAGUUUGAGUCCUGAAAGCCAUCUGAGGGAAGAGAAGCCACAUGCAGAUGCUGCCUCUUGGGUGCCCGGCGCUCGCUCUCCAUCCUUUUGCAGCGAGGACGGUGACAGUGUGGCUGCCCAGUGCACACCCAAGAGGGAGUGGUUCCCACAAAGCCUGCCGGGACUGCCUGCAGCUGAAGAGGACCGCAGGAUAGGCCUCACAAAAAAUGGAACCCUGAGAGCAGCAUUGCCUUCCCCCGCUGGAGAUGGGUCUCAGGACGGUUCUGGAUCACGGCUGGACUGUGAACAGGACACUGCCAAGAAGAGGCGGAGGAAUUUGGGAGAGAAACCUACCCAGCGCCGCAGAACAGCAUCUUGCCUUUCCAAGGGAGAAAGUGUUGAAGAGAGCGAGGGACAGGCAAACAGCUGUGUGACCCCAGCUUCACCUGGGCUACUCCCCCAAGCCUCGGAAGAGGAUCCCUGUGCUGGGGUCAAAGGCUGUGACCCGGUUGUGCCAUCAGGCAGCAGCAGGCUGCUCCCAGCCUCUGACAGAGGCAGAGGACGCGCCACAAAGAGGCCACGCUUGGAUGGAAGCCAGAACCCACCCCCUGGGCAGCUGGCGACUGGAACUGUGGGGGCAGUACCCUCCCCUCAGAACUGGCCUGGGGAGACCAUGGUGCUGCUCAGGUCUAGUGACAGGGACAAGCCAGAAGAAGCAGAUCCUGUGUCCUCAGAAGAGUUCACAGGGUUCAAGUCCAUCCACUCCCUGCUGGAGGAGGAGGAGGAGGAGGAAGAGGAGGAGCCACCCCGGAUCCUUCUGUAUCACGAACCACGAUCAUUUGAAGUAGGGAUGCUGGUCUGGCUGAAAUACCAAAAAUACCCGUUCUGGCCAGCUGUGGUCAAGAGUGUCCGGCGGAGAGACAAGAAAGCCAGUGUGCUGUUCAUUGAGGGCAACAUGAACCCUAAGGGCCGAGGAAUCACCGUCUCACUUCGAAGGCUCAAGCACUUUGAUUGUAAGGAAAAGCACGCACUGCUGGACAGAGCCAAGGAGGACUUCGCCCAGGCCAUCGGCUGGUGUGUGUCACUUAUCACCGACUACCGUGUGCGGUUGGGCUGCGGCUCCUUCGCUGGAUCUUUCUUGGAAUAUUAUGCUGCUGAUAUAAGCUACCCUGUGCGCAAGUCCAUCCAGCAGGAUGUCCUGGGGACCAGGUUUCCUCAGCUGGGCAGUGGGAACCCUGAGGAGCCUGUGGGGGACAGCCGGCCAGGACAGUGGCGGCCGUGCAGGAAGGUGCUACCUGACCGCUCCAGGGCUGCGCGGGACAGAGCAAACCAGAAGCUGGUGGAAUACAUUGUAAAAGCCAAGGGUGCAGAGAGCCACCUGCGGGCCAUCCUGCACAGCCGCAAGCCCUCACGCUGGCUGAAGACGUUCCUGAGCUCUGGUCAGUAUGUGACAUGCGUGGAGACAUACCUGGAGGAUGAGGCGCAGUUGGAUGAGGUGGUGGAGUACCUGCAGGGCAUCUGCCGAGACACGGAUGGAGAGGUGCCUGCGCAUGGCAGCGGGGACCGCAUUCGUUUCAUCCUGGACGUGCUGCUGCCUGAGGCGAUAAUCUGUGCCAUCUCCGCAGUGGAGUGCGUGGACUACAAGACGGCCGAGCAGAAGUACAUCCGGGGCCCUACUCUCAGCUACCGGGAAAAGGAAAUCUUUGACAAUGAACUCCUGGAGGAGAGGAACCGUCGCCGUCGCUGAUGCCAAACCUCCACACCCUGCCAGAGGGCUCUGCAAGAAUAAGAAUGUACUAGAAGCAAGAGGCCCAGAAGUGUGCUGACUUUGAACUGUGGGUCUUGCAUUUUCAGUACUGAGUCCAAGAUAUCAAAUGUUAUUGACACACCAGAAACCUCCUGGCAGCUACAGACAGAAAUUUAUGGAAGUUUCUGUGCGUGUAUGCGCGUGUGUUUGUUUCUGUUUGUUUGAUUUUAAUAUUAUUUCGUUUAUAAAUGAGUUUGAACUCA